UAAUGGCUCGAAUAAUACUGCUGAAAAACAAAACAGUCCCCACGGAUCCAUACGAUGAGCUGUUCAGCCAAUACCAGUACGAGCCAGUGUUUCUGCCGUUGCUGAGACACUCGUCCAUAAACGAAAAGGAAGUGAAGGAAUUUCUCAAAUCUGAUCUGUAUCUGAACGAGUACCAGGCACUGAUUGUGACGUCCCAGCGGUGCAUCGAGACGCUUGCCAAGCUUCUGCAGGAGCUGCGGCACGAGAAAUUUGAGCGGCUUGACCAAAUACUCAACAAGCCUUCGUACACCGUGGGCCCCACGACGUCUCAGUACUUAAAGAACUUGGGAUUCACAGAUAUUCGUGGCGGCAAGGACGCUGGAAACGGUUCUAUUCUGUCGGACAUCAUCAUCAGUGACCCGAUGUUCCGUACAAGCGCCAAAAAGGUGCUAUUUCUCACGGGAGAAAUACGCAAAGACAUUAUUCCGCGAAAACUCAAGUCCAUCGACUUUAGUGUCCUCGAGCUCGUUUCCUACCGCACAGAACCUCUCGAAGAUAUACAAUUCAGAUAUGAGCAGCUGUCACAGACGGCGCCAGAAAAGUCGUGGCUGAUAUUCUUCUCCCCGCAGGGAACAGCCGACAUUGUGAGUAUUCUCAAGGAGAAGAAGCAUAAUUUUCAGAUUGCGUCGAUCGGCCCGACGACAGAGGAGUAUCUUCUAGACAAUGGUAUCAAGCCGGCAGUGGUGUCGUCUAAGCCAGAUGCCGAAUCGUUAUUGUCCUCGAUAAUGAACUAUGAACAUGCUAUUUAGAAUGAAUACGUCACCUUGUUGAGUUCAGAGACUACCAAUAGGUUCUCGGAGCUAUUUUUGUAGUCGAGCUCCAUCUGGAUCUGGAAGUCAGACUUGUUUCUGAUUUCUACCCGCGGCAGUUCCAAUUUACCCACACGCAGCGGCGUGAGAACAAGAUCGAACUCGUAGGCGGCACUCUUGUCCUUCUGGAGGUCCAGUUCGAGGUCAAGGUUUUUCAGUCCAGCGAUAAGCCAGUUGUUCUCGUUUUCCACAAGAUCCAGCUUGAGGUUGAUGUUCUUUGGGACUUCCGGCUCGUUCUGGAACCGCACUUUUUUGUUCUCCUUUUCUUCCAACUUGAACAGGAGAACGUGUAGCGACAACCGAGUGUGGAUCGGUUCGCACACUAGAUACUGCAGCUGCUUGGCAAACUGAAACUCGACAAUGUUGAUUGUGUUGAUCACAGGGAGCGUCACCACUAUGUUCAAUUGUUUCCAAGACGCAGAGAUGAGCUCUUGUUGCACGUCCGGAGAAAUAUCGUAGCUGCGGCCAAAAAAGCCUCGCAGCUUGUCGGCAAGACUCUGGGCGUCGGCAGGAUGCAAUUGCGAGAGCAUCUUCUGGUGGUGUCUGGUCUCAAACGGGUCAGUUUUGAUGCAAUUUGUCAAAGAGUAAUGGUUGAGCCUUGGUUUCUGUGCCCUGAAAAAUGUACGCAGAAUAUUGGAGUAUUUGAUUAGUUCCGGCUUUUCGCUCAGAAUCUCCUUCUCUAACAUUUUCUCGAGUCCAACAACUAUCUCGUCCUCGAUGUCAUUGUAGUCAAUCUGCAGGUUCAGACUCUCGUCGCUCAGGCUCUCGAUCUUGUAGAAAAAGGUCGAUCCUUGGUCGUUGAAAGCGAUGAUGUUGCGCGGCUGCUUCCACGUGACCACCUUCGAGUUCUGCGACGUGAGGUCUACCUUCUGAACCCUAACAGGGCGGUUGUGAAUCGGCGAAUUGAUGGAAUAAUUAGAGAAGAGCUGCGCCGAUUUGAAGAUGUCCUGCACAGAGACGGCGAUCUGGAGCUGCGUGUCCAGGUCUUUGGUGACGUACACAGAAUGGUCGCCAAAGACCAGCCCAAAGGACAAUGAGACGGUCGUAUUCGACACCUCGGGCGGGAAAAAGUACGGAAUUCGCACCGUCACUGUCGAGCCAGGCAAAAACGGGCCGUUGCACUUGAACACCAGCUGAUCCUCGUCAUUUUCCACCUCCGCAUCAACAACCUCUCCGUCGCUCUCAACCACAUACUUUGCCUUGGGCACCAUUCGGUCGAUAUCUGUUUUGUGGAACACAAACUCGCAACGCGGGAGCUGCUCAGAGCCAACUCUGGCGACAAGCAUAAUUUCGUCCCUAUUGAGGUCUCUAACUCGUGGAACAACGGCAUCUAUGACGGUGUUUUGAAGAACCUGACCGUUUUUGUAGAACUGCUCAAUCGGAUAUGCAAAAAUGCGCGAGUCGAGCGUUCUGCGGAUUUCCAGCUUGCCCGACCGCACCACGAUGCUGCGAGCUUCCAAAUCGCCACAUACCAGGUCCUUUGACUCAACCUUAUAAUUGUUGUACUUCUCCAAACGGCAGCAACCAAGCCGGAACUGCGUGUUUUCGAAAUUCACCACAAUCUCGUCCACGGGCAGCAUGAUUUUGCUGGUAAUCCGCACUCCCAGCUCGUACGUAUCGACGCCGGACGGGUCAAUGCAGGGAGCAAGGUCGCAGUCAAACAGGUCGGUGGACUCAAACACCACCGGGUCUGUCAGGUUGUCGAGGAUCUUGGACAGUUUGUCGGACUCAAACGGCUCGUCUUUGGCGACAAGCUCCAAAUACGACGUCAACAGCACGGGCAGCACAUCCUCGUACGUUGCACUCAGUUGCUCAAGAUUGGCAAUAAAUAUCUUCAGGAUGCCCAGCGUAAUGUACUUCCAUUCGGAGUUUUUGAAGUAGGUGAACGAGUCGUUCAGAAUUUCCAGAGACGUUUCCAGAUUCUUCAUGUUGUGGAAGUAUAUCAGUGCGAGCUCGGUCGAUAACGUGUCGACGGUGCGCGGCCGGGACUGUGCUUUGGAAUAGUCUUCAAUCACUUUCUUCGUCUCGUCUAUGGCGUGCUCCUGGAACUUGCUUUCUGACUCCAGGAUGCUCUUAACGGCGUCGUCGAACGGCUUGU